AUGGGAUUUCCCACUUUUCCUCUUCUGUGCCCCUUAGAUGAGGAUGGGCUUUGUUAUCGAGGAUUUCUAACUUUUCAAGACCAAGAAUUUCUUAUUGGUAUAGAACUAACUCGAAACGACAACAAUAAUAAUAGCCUAAAGAAUACCCAACUUUACUUUUGCGAAGAACUUAAGAGGUUGGCAGCCACUCACAUAAACACAAUUAAACAGUUGUUAGAGCAACAUUCCGAUUUGGAAUCUUUUUUAAUAGAUCUUAAAGAAUUACUGGUUGAACGCCUUGUAACAAAGAAGCAGUCGGAGCCUUUGCCAUCACCUGAAUACUGUUCGUUUCUUAUUGCAGAAUUGGAUAGUGUUGGAUGGGAUAAACUCGAAUCAAUUGAUCAUUCACUUAAAGAAGUUACGUUGAAAUUAAGUGAUUCUUCUGGACGCCAACAUUCGAUCUUUGUUUCUUUCCCGCCCAAUUAUCCAAAAACAGCCGCAGCUGUACGUGCCGAUCUCCCAACUUCCUAUUCUGUUCCGCAAAGUUAUAAAACGCGUCUCAAGGAUAUUGUGUUAUUUUUUCUGAUGGAGUUUGAAAAAUACGAAGACUUUUGGUAUUUAGUGGAAGAUAUUGAUAGGCAUACGUGGGUAUUGGAUCCGGCGAAACCGAAAAGAAAUGAUUUGACACGAAGAAUUUUUCUAGGGAACCAUUGCUCGCUGCUAAUAAAAUGGAAAAUUGAGGAUCCUCGAUCGAUGUGUAAAUGGCAGUUGUUUGGAGCUGAAAAGUUUGCCGCCCCUUUACGGCAAAAUCUCAAUAAAAUAUCAAAGAUCUGGAAUAAAAAUAUCACAACACGAGAAAACUUUGAAAAUAUUCUAGGAUUCAAAUUUCCCUCGCCACAAAACACGUCACAAUCUGAUUUCGAGAUCGACUGUGCAAUUUGUUAUAUUUAUGAAAUUGAGGAUGGUUCGAUACCAGAUCAAUCAUGUAACAACCUUAAAUGUGGCCAGUCCUUUCAUAAGUCAUGUAUACUCGAGUGGAAGAAACAAUUGCAAGAAAUCAAUUCGUUAUACACGAAAUGUCCUUAUUGUAAUGAGGGUUUAAUAUUCCAUGGCUCGGGAAGAUAA